CAUUUGAUACUCCCAGAAAGCUUACGCAUAAUGUGUAGCAAGUCGGCGCAAACACAUUUUCUGAAUCCGCUUCCGGAGUGGCCGACGACGCCGAUGCCCACAGACUGAUCACAGGGGCUUUUUACCCUGAACAGCACUGAAUGGUAGCAGCUGAGAGAACGGGUGCGGAGCCGGGAGGAUUUCUCACGGUCCACGGACUAGAAUGAUCUCCUAUAUGUAUCCCCAUAAACGGAUGACAGCCUCCAAACAAACCUGUACUGAAAACUUUCAGCUCUACAUCUGACGAGGGUGGUGUUAUUGAGAUUUUUUUUGUUGUUUUUUGUGGGUUUCUUUUUUUUUUUUUUUUUUUUUUGUAAGCAGACAUCAUGCAGGUGCAAACUGUGGGCUAACGUUAACUGAAAUGACUUGCUCGGCGCUGACGCGUUUCAUUUGUGCCAUGCCAACCCCGCAUUGUCAGAUGCCAUUUUACUCUGCGUCUGGAAUUCCUACAUACUGCUGGGCCUGUUUUGUAAAUUAGAAGUUCGUGCGGCUGUAGCAAAAAAAAAUAAAAAAUAAAACAUUUUAAGAAAAAAAAACAGCUGGUGCAAUGAGAAGAAGCUACGCUGCCCAAGACAUUGUGCGCAAUUUGUGCUGAAAAGCUUAUGGGUCCUGCGUACUCAAGCUCCCGGCUUCCACUUGGAGAGGUGUGCUGCGGGGCUACAGCGCACUGGCUGUGUCGGCUUCACAUCUGGACCGCCUAGCUACUGUCAUCUGCGGCCUGAUCGGACUGUGCACUCCCUAAAAAAAAAAAAACUUGUAUGUUUACUGGUGGGAACCGAGUGAGAUCGCCUCGGAUGGUGUGUUAUUAUUAUUAUUAGUAUUAAGGAGAGAGAGGGAGGUGGUGACUAUUUGGGCCGGUGGUACUACUUGGACUUGACGGUUAUCGGUGAUCCACUUUGGAGCACCGUGGUCCAAAAAAAAGCUGGACUGGCUGACUACUCAUGGAAAAAACGCACAUCCAGCUAUGGAUUUUGCGUAGCGGAUUCACGCAUUUUUAAAGGCAACGCUAGGGUGACAUUGCAGUCUUCUCGCCACAUCGGUUAUUUCGUCGUCCGACAAAAAAAAAAUAAAAGAGUGAAAGUGGAGUAUUGUCCGUCGUACGUAUCAGCGCAGUGGGAUUUCUACGUCUGGUCGGCGUUCCCCCCCACCCUUCCCGCGGUGACGGUUAUGGGUCGGAAGCGGUGUGUCGGUGCAGAUUGUUCCAAGAUGGCGGCCGGGUGCUGCGGGGUGAAGAAGCAGAAACUGUCGGGAUCGCCCGGGUCGGGGGGUCCCGGCGGGGUGGGGGCGGGAAGCGGGGUGGCAGGAACCGGACAUUGUGGCUCGGAGUUGGGGAUUGGCUCCUCCGCGACCAUUGCAGCAGCAGCGGCGAACGUGAGCCGAGCCAACGGCCUGGGGGGACCCGGGGGUAACGUUAGCGGCAGCAGCAGUAGUAGUAGUGGCGGCGGUGGUGGUGGUGGUGGUAGCGGCGGCGGCGGCGGCACAAACGCUCUGUCUCCAGCCCCGGCCGGUUACACUUCAUCCGGCCUCUCCCCGAAUCUCAGCUCGGGACCCGGUUCGGGAAGUGGAGGCAGAAAAAUGGUUGUCUCAGCGGAGAUGUGCUGCUUCUGUUUUGACGUGCUUUAUUGCCAUCUGUACGGAUACCAACCUCCGAGAACACCCAGGUUUACAAACGAUCCCUACCCGCUGUUUGUCACGUGGAAAAUAGGCAGAGACAAGCGGUUGAGGGGUUGUAUAGGUACAUUUUCUGCCAUGAAUCUGCACUCAGGACUCAGGGAGUACACCCUUACCAGUGCCCUUAAAGACAGCCGCUUCCCCCCUAUGACAAGGGAUGAGCUGCCUCGCCUCUUCUGCUCAGUGUCUCUUCUCACCAACUUUGAAGACGUCGGUGAUUACCUUGACUGGGAGGUGGGUGUUCACGGUAUUAGGAUAGAGUUUUUCAAUGAAAAAGGAUCAAAGCGCACCGCCACCUACCUACCAGAGGUUGCAAAGGAGCAAGGUUGGGACCACAUUCAAACCAUAGAUUCCUUACUACGAAAGGGAGGUUACAAAGCUCCCAUCACAAAUGACUUCAGGAAGACCAUUAAGUUAACCAGGUACCGUAGCGAGAAGAUGACAAUGGGUUAUGCAGAGUACAUCGCCCACCGCCAGCACCAUCACUACCAGAAUGGCAUUGGGCACCCUCUACCACCCUACAACCAUUAUUCCUGACAGCGAGCCGCAUGACCAAUCAUUGGACCUCUCCGCGGACCUUUUCCCAGGAGAGCCCGCCCCCUCCUGGUCUAGCUAUUUCUACUACUGUACCAUUUUAUGAUGAUAGUUUCCGUUGCCAUGCUGGCCGUCUCCCAGACGUUGACAUGGCAACGGGUGGCAACGAAGCAUCAUUUGAUUAUGGCAAGAAAAUCCACGUUUUUCUUUUCUAAUUUCUUUGCCUGUGGUUAAGUUUUUGCAGCAUAUGUAUACCUAUAUCUAUAACCCCCCCUUCAUUCAUAUUUUUGAAAAUUAAACGAAUACUAGAUUUUAUUAAUCUCACGUAUUUUCAGCAAACCUAAUCAGGUGUUUGAUUCUGUGGAUGGAAGGAAGUCUCUUACGAUGGAUUAGUCUUGCGCUUAUAUUGUUUAGGCUUUGCUACGAUUUUACAUUUACUAAGAUAAAAAAAGUCUUCUUUUCGUUUUUUGUUCUCCCUCCUUUUUUCUUUAACUUACUAUCCAGACAUGUAUACCAUGUAGCAAGGCAACUGCAGUUCUCAAAGGCUGUGUCGUCUCUAUUCUGAUUCCUCUCAAAAAAAAAAAAAGGAAAAACAUGAAACGAUUGACUGUUGAGAUUGUUUUAGCCUUGUAAACUCUUGUAGUGUUGUAGUUGGAAAUAUAUAUAUCGGGAUCUGUAUACUCCAAAGUAUAGAUAGUAGGAUUGUGAUGCCCUUUAUAAACCGGCCUUUUGCUGGUAGUGUUUAUUGUUUUGAGCUCACAGUCGUGUGUGUGUGUUUCUGUGUGUGGAUAUAGAUAUUGGUCUGCCACAAAAUGAAAACCAGUACAGUAAAUUAGAAAAUUGGAUUUAUUUGUUAAAAAAAAAAAAAAAACUCCUCCUGAGUGUUUGUUCUGUGGUGGAACCUGUAAAAACCUUGAACCGCGUUUAGUUUGGCUUGAACGUACAGCGAUUUUGUUUCAUUUGAACUUUUUUAAAGAUUUGAGGUAAAAUGUGGAGGAAGCCAUUUUCGUCUGAUGAUAAUCAUAUCUAUCGCAGGUGAUUUGUUAAUUAUCUUUGUAAAAAAAAAAAAAAACGGGCCACGAGUCAGUCCCCGCAUUGGAGAAGGGGGAGUAGACGUAUUACAGGUCCCUAAAAGAAGAAGAAAAACAAAAGAAGUGCAUGUUUAAUUCAUUUAAAUUAACCGUGUCUGUUGGUUUCUGAGUUUACUGGCAGGGAGUCACUUGACAGGGACAUGCUAUAACUACUUAAAGCCAUAUUCUCUUUUUAUUCCACACUUUGUAAGAGUCGCCUGCUGUUUGGCUUCAAGUGUUUGCAUUCGGUAAAACCUCCUAAUAUAUUUGGUCUCCAACCCUCCUGAAUGCAAACCGACACCAGCCGGGCCUCGGGCUCAGGCUGCAACACUGAAUACCAGCCAAACCCGGCGGUUUCAGUCAUUCGUCAGAUGUCUUGUAUAUUGCCCGUGUCGUCGUGGAAACGUUGUCUUGCCUUUUUCAGAUUAUAGCUAACCAUUGUCCACUCGUCCACACUUAGUAUGAUGUAUUAAAACCGUCAUUUUGAAUGAAGACACCACUUUAACGCACAAAGGAAGUGAUCUAACUCAUCAUUUUUGUGUCAUUUAGAAAGUGCAUGUCUGAGCUGCAGCGAUGCGGCGAGUCGAUUUAGUUGUUGAAACCGCACUAUACCGUUAUUUUAUUUUUUUCCUCCGGUAACUCUGCUGUUCAAGUGAGAUCCCGGUUAAAUCUGCGUGUCCACCACGGCACAGGAAGUGUUUUAGAUCUGUGGUCUGUUUUGUCAGCUGUUAGGUUAGAGCAAACACAGUUGAAUUUAGUUAGAGCAGAAUCUCUGCAUGGGGCCUGAGUGGCUUACAGUUAAGGUCUACAAGUAAAUAAAUAAUAAUAAAAAAAAAAGCCAGGGCUUUGUUAAGGACUUAAGAAGCCAUCUCCCAUCUAAAUAUAACUUGUUGUGAGUCAUCCACACACACUAGGCUAGUUGGAUCUUUUAAUUUCCAGAAUGUUUGAACCGUUAAGGAUCGCCGUCACGGCGUCGAUCCGCGUUUGAUUUUUGGGUUUUUAGUUUUUUGCUGACUGGAAUUUUUUUGAGAGGUUCUUGUUACUCGACCAACAUCUUUCUUCGUAACAGCCUUUACUAACUGACAGGUUAUUUUUCUUUAUGCAAAAUGUCAAGGGCUUUUGGCACUCCAUCCACAGUAACCCGAAAUGACCCAGAUUUAAGUUGUGUUGCCUUAAAUGAAUGAUUUAAUAAACGAUGGACCAGUAGAUGAAGCUCUGAGUGUUCCUCCCCGGUCCCAUGGUUUCCCCCCUGUCCCGGCUCCCAUCCUCACACCACAGUGUACGUAGGGAAAGGCCUCAGAUGAUGUAUUCCUCACUUGAAUGCUCUCACUAAUACUUUCUUAGACAUAUGGGGGCUUCUGUAUGCCUGCAGUCUCCUGUUUGCUCACGUCUCACCCAGCUGCUGGUCCUCGAUCCUCGUCAUUGUUUUUCAAAAGCCCCCUCACACAGACACGUUCUCUCUUCAGAUAAUGCCUGGCACUGUGGUGGUGUUACCGUUAAUGUUCAAACCAUGGGAAAACACUGUCAUGCCUCUAGUAAAAAUGUAUGCAUUUAUGAUAAAUACACUACAUCAGACGAGGAACAGUCAGGCGUUCGUUUCCUGGUCCAUUUAAUACAGCACAACCUGAAUUUUUCUGCUGCAAAACCAAAUUGACCAUACUCUUUUACAUAUAUGUCUUUGUAUACACAUGCAAUGUAUUUUGUUGCAUGUAUGUAUGAGUAUGAGACCUAUGGUUUUAUCCAUGAUAUGCUUGAUCUAUGGCUUAGACACUCUUAUUAACCAUUAAGAGAUUUAAAAGACAAAUAUGGUGCUAUCGGACCUCAUAUUGGGGUGGUCACAGCUCGUGACUGGUCAUGCGGACUCAUUGAUCAUAUCAUACUUAAAAGAUGCUACAUGUAAGAUUUGCUCUGUGGUGUAUUGCUGUGAAGUGAGUCAUGACGGCACAUUUUUAAAAAAUAUACCGAAGGACGCGACCGUCACCGAUUACAAACAGUAGCCCCGUGGAAAAAAAAUCUGUGCUUUCAUUUAAGCCCAAUGUGGGUGAUUUUAUUUGGGAUCAAUUCCCUAUGGGAAAAACAGACGGAUAUUCGUACACAUUAUAACGAAGAAGGAAGAGUCCCUGCAGCAAACCCGUCAUAUGGGGCUAUGGAAUGUACUGUUAAUGGUCGUUAAUACACUUUAACAGCGAUAUGUUAAGAGAAAAUCCUACAUGUUACCUUUACUAUCCUUGAUAUAUGCAGAUCUGUUCAACAGGUGUUUAUUUUUUUGUUUCCUACCAGUGCAAGUCAACACCCCUGCAGGUUUGAAAGGACAAGAAGUCACACGUAGCCUCCUUCCUUCCUUCCUUCCUUCCCUCUUCUCUCCCCCCACCUCCUUCGAUUACUCCCCCACACUGUGGCCCGACCUCAUGGCCUAGUUUGUCAAGGUGUGAUGCGUGUCGUUCGGUAGAUGGUGGCAGUGGUUGUAGUAUUAGUAGUGGUGGAAGUGUUCGUCAUCGCCUCUCCUCCUGGAAGACUGGACGGCGCUGUAUUUCCCGAACGCGUCGUCCGGUUUCCUUUUUUAGCUGCUGAAUCGUUUGACCUCCGAAAAGACAAAAGUUGGGAGUCGUUGACUUGGAGAGUAGAGAUAAAAAAAAGGUCCUGUUGUUGAUGUUGAAGGUAAAGCGUCUCCUACAGCGGGGGGGCAACGCAGAGUUAAUGUUUUACGUAGAGCACGCAGAAAAUAGUCCUGCUAUCUGUACUGAUUUAACUGUUUUAAAAAAGCAUUGAUACCUCAUGGGAUUUUAUGGAACGACAUUUGUAGUUUGUUGUAGCAGAUCGUGUUUUGGUUCCAUACCAGGGUUAGAGUUCAGCCUCGGCAUUCCUUUGUGUGUGGUUCAUACUCAUAUUUCGUGGAAUGCUCAAGCUCGUGUUACCUUCGUAUGUUUGACUGAACCAAAGAUGCCAGCGGCCAUGCCCAAAUGCUGCUCUUCAAGUCCUGGCUUCCUGUCCUUCCAAAAGACACCCCUGCAAUUUGACAAAAUGUGUUUGUUUUUUUUUUAAAUUUGUUUUUUGUGCGAUUUCUCAACUGUCUAGACUUAUUAAGCAACCCGAUUUUUCAAUGAAUUUUCAUUGAGUCUAUCUAUGAAGCCGUACGUGGCAUCAAGGAUGGUUUAAAAAUGGUUGCAAAUUGUUGUUACUUGUUUUGUUUAUUAUUAUUAUUAUUAUUAUUAUUAUUAUUAUUAUUAUUAUUAUUAUUAUUAUUAUUAUUGCUAUAAUUUACAAAAAUGAAAAUCCCAUGGUGUGCCUCCUAGCUUUAUGGGUUUAUAAAUGUUUUUUUCCCUAAAGACCAGCAGUUAUACUUUGUAUAAAAGAUGGAUUUUUCCUUAUUUUUUAUGCCAUUAAAGAAGAAAAAAGCCUGUUUUCUUUACUCUGGACCCAGUAGCUGCACUGGUUAUACAAUCGCACUGAUAGAUGAAUAAUAAAAAAAAUAAAAGUUUAAAAAAAAGAAGAGAAAAAAAAAGGAAGAAAUGAAUCAAUAAUAAUAAUGAUGAUAAUGACAAAUGAAAUAAGAACUACAAUAAACUUGUGUUUGAAACUUUUAUUAAAAAAAACAUUGAAAAAAAUAACAUAAAAAAAAAGAAAAUGACUGUUUUUGUACAUCAAAAUAAAUUCUUUUCAAAAGAAUAUUUUGGAUCUAGUUUGAAAAUUAUUUUAGUGGUUUUCUAUGUUCUGAAUUUUUGAGACACUGACUUCGAAGACGUGUCACUGUACAAAAUGACUUUUUUCUGUUGCAGUGGCCUGAUGGGCUGGGAGGGUUGCCUGGUGUAACUCCUCAUACCAACUUUUAUUUCUUUUCCUUUUUUGAUUUUUGGAUAUGUUUUUAUUUUUUUCUCUCUGCUUUAGUAACUUGAAAAAUGUUGAUGGAAAAAUAUGAACUGGGAACUUCAAAUCCAUCCCCCUUCCCCUAUCCCUUCCUUGUAGAGCUAGACCCCCUUCCUCCUUUCCUAUUUGAAUUGCUGUUAGUGUGACGCGACUUGAAAUGGGCAUUUAUUAUGAUAGUAUGACUCCAAAAGAGAAAAAAAAAACACAAAAACAAACACUAAAAAAAAAGAAAUCAGAAAAAAAAAUUGCAAAAGAAAAGUGUGGGGAGCAUUGAAAGAAUAUAUAUAGAUGGGUUAUCUGAGUAUGUAAGCAAUGGCUGUGAAGAUAAUGUAGUUUUAAACAUUGUUAUUACCUUUUAAAAUCAUUUAUUCAAUAAAAAAUACAAAAUCAACUGAAAA